UGAACUCAGACCGCCGGGCCCUUAGUUCUCGAGCCGAUUAUCUACUGAGUCUAUAUGUAAAAUAAUGUGGGCGAGCGGAUGGUGACAAUAUGACCGCCCUUUGUCCUUUAAAAACAUCAAUUUUCAAGAUGAUUUGGGAUCAUUUGAAGAUGCACACAUGCAGAGUAGCACCAGCUUCAAGUUGAACAAUCUCUCUCAUAUCUCCAUCCCCACACCUGUAUCAGAGGUGGAUAUUUAUAAGGAAAUCUAAGUUCAUUCCGAGGCAUUCGAAAUGGGGAAAGACUAUUAUCACAUUUUGGGAAUUGAAAAAGGAGCUACAGAUGAAGAUAUUAAAAAGGCUUACCGAAAACAAGCCCUCAAAUUUCAUCCGGACAAGAACAAGUCCCCUCAAGCAGAGGAGAGGUUUAAAGAGGUCGCAGAGGCUUACGAAGUGCUGAGCGACCCUAAGAAGAGAGAGAUAUACGACCAGUUUGGUGAGGAAGGCUUGAAGGGAGGCGCCGGAGGCACUGACGGGCAAGGAGGUACCUUCAGGUACACUUUCCAUGGAGAUCCUCAUGCCACAUUUGCAGCCUUUUUCGGAGGUUCCAACCCCUUUGAAAUUUUCUUUGGGAGACGGAUGGGUGGAGGUCGAGAUUCUGAAGAAAUGGAAAUAGAUGGAGAUCCCUUUAGUGCCUUUGGAUUCAGCAUGAAUGGAUAUCCAAGAGACAGGAAUUCUGUGGGACCUUCCCGUCUCAAACAAGAUCCUCCCGUUAUUCAUGAACUUAAAGUAUCACUUGAAGAAAUAUAUAGUGGCUGUACCAAGCGAAUGAAGAUUUCUCGAAAAAGAUUAAACCCUGAUGGAAGGAGUUACAGAUCUGAGGACAAAAUUCUCACCAUUGAGAUUAAAAAAGGGUGGAAAGAAGGCACCAAAAUCACUUUUCCAAGGGAAGGCGACGAAACACCAAAUAGCAUCCCAGCAGACAUUGUUUUUAUUAUUAAAGACAAAGAGCAUCCCAAAUUCAAAAGAGAUGGAUCAAAUGUAGUUUACACUGCUAAAAUUAGCUUGCGAGAGGCAUUGUGUGGCUGCUCAAUUAAUGUGCCAACAAUGGAUGGAAGAAACAUCCCUAUGUCAGUCACUGAUAUUGUGAAACCUGGAAUGAGGAGAAGAAUUAUUGGAUAUGGGCUGCCAUUUCCAAAAAACCCUGACCAACGUGGCGACCUACUGAUAGAAUUUGACGUGUCCUUCCCAGACGUCAUAUCUGCAACAUCCAAAGAGGUCCUUAGGAAGCAUCUCCCUGCCUCAUAGGAUGAGAAGAACCUAGCUAUCCAUAUUUUGAUAAGACACUGAAAAUAUAAAAGUACCGGCAGUUGACUGAUGUGUAGUCUGUAUAAGGAUGUGUAAACUCUUCUGAGGGCUCAUUAAAUUGCAUGAGUAGAGACAGUUCAAAUAGGCAAAGUGGAUUUUUACAGUAGAGGUGAAAAGUCAUUCACUGUAUUGUAUUUCAUUUCUCCCAAAUCAGAAAUUUUUGGUAUUUCAUUUAUAAGUAAAAGUUGGUUCUGUGGUCUAUAGAUUUACUUCUAAUAAAGUACAGUGCUAGCUCAUCC